AUGGCCCCCCCACUCCCUAUCCUUAUCAUCGGAGCCGGCAUCUCAGGCCUCACAACCGCCCGGCUGCUAACAAAUAGCGGCAUCCCGAACAUCGUCUUCGAAGCAUCCAGCCCAGAUCGUAGCCAAGGCUUCGCCAUCAGCCUGCGCGAAUGGGGCUACGCGACACUGCUGUCCGCUCUCGGGGACCUGCCGCUACGAAGCUUGACGCGCGGCGUCGCACCGGACAGGGAAAUCGGCGGCUCGGGCUGGAUCGACCAGGUUGUAUGGGAUAACGGGACCGCAAAGAAACUCUUUGUGCCGGACGCGAACUCGUCGACAAAGGAGGAGAUUGUCCGCGCGAACCGGAAUGCGUUGCGCAGGUGGAUUGCGGACUGUGGGGAAGAGGAACUGGAUGUGCGGUACGGACAUCGGCUGAAGAGGGUGGAGGGGAGCUUGGGGGAUGUGCGGGUCGAGUUUGAGAACGGGUCGUUCUAUCGGGGGCUGAUGGUGGUUGCUGCGGACGGGGUGAACUCGACUGGUAGGAACUGCUCCUCUAGCAUUUGUAGGACUAAACCGAUAAUUAUGUGUAUAGUUCGAUCUCAGGUCCUCCCGGAUGUCCAGCCCGAAACUGUCCCUGCGGUGCUCUAUCAUGGCGAGUUCCAGCUGCCCAGGGUCGACUUCGACCGGCUAUUCCGGCCACACACCGGAGAGUCCAACGUCCUCGCGGGUGUCGGCGAUGGCUUCAACGCGCCGUUCGCCGUCUGCAACAUGACGAAGACGUACGUCCACAUGGACUGGUCGUACUCACGGCCGGCCUGGAGCGGCGGAGAGGACGACCCGCUGUACCGGCCCAAUCGCGCCCCGGAGGACGCGAAGCAGAUCCCCCCAGCGCUGGUGGAGGAGCUUGCGUCCCGCGAUCUGGCCAAGCCGUGGAGUCUGUUUCUCAAUGGUGAGGCUAUCCAACAUCACCGGGUGUUUCAUUGGACCGUCCGGUGCGUCUCUGUGACGCAAGAGGACAUGCAGCUUGCUGUAGGUCGGGGCGUCGCCUUCGUCGGCGACUCGUGGCAUGCAAUGCCCAUAUUUGGCGGUGAGGGAGGCAAUCAUGCACUGGCGGAUGGUGUCGAGCUGGCUGCUGCUGUUGCGGCCGGUGUGGGGGCGAUUUGGGCGUGGCGAUUCGGAGUUACUAUGACCGAGCGUGGAAAAGAUCACAGGACGCGGUACGACGGUCCAAACAGCGGUUCUAUGCGCUGCAUCGGCCGAUGGCUCAGUGGCGGGAGCUUUCGCAGAAGAAGCCAGUGUGCCUUUGAACGGCUUGCACUAGUUACUAGAUAA